GAGUCUGCUCCUCUUCCUCAAAAUGUCCUGGACCCGAGGACUCGUCCUGGUCCUGCUCUCUGCCCUCCUCAUCCUCACCUUUUCUGAUGUGGUGAAAAGUGCAGCAGUACGAGACUCAGAGCCAGCCGAUCCUAAAGACGCUGCGCGGCAGGUCUUCAUGCACGAAUCCGACGCUUCCAACUUCUUCAAACGUCGGAGUCGCCGUUCACCCAGAUACUACGCUGAGACCCUAGCUGAGCAGAGAGUGAAGCGAGCCGCCAGCGAGCGGCGCAGGGAGUUCAACGAGGAGCAGAGGACCGAGUACGAGAACUACGUGGAGGAGGAUCGAGACGAGCUAAACGAGAGGUCGAGGGAGACAAACGAGCAGCUGAGGGAAUAUCACUACGAUGGUCUCUACCCUCGACACUUCUGGUUCCACUGAGCGGAGCUGGAACGCAGCGUUAAUACUGUCGUUUUAUUUUGAAGGGCUCUCCUGACAGUCUGAUGGCAGACACUUUAACUAUCCAUAUAUUUGUAUWAUUUCAAAGGUACUGUGUUUUUCUUACAUAUAUUUUUGUACAUUUUAACUGUAAAGUGUAUCCAGUGCAUGCUUGUGUUUUUAUUAGACAGUUUAAAACCAGGUAGAGGACUGUAGCUUUGAGUUUUGCAGAGGWAUGUGUUAUGCAGAAAUAAAAUAAAGAUCAGUUUCCAUGACUUGAA